AUGGGCCGCCGCAGGACCGCGCGAGGAUCGGGGCCGGAGGGCGGCCGCGCCCGGCGGGCCCCGGGCCGCGCCCUGGAGGCCUUCGCUGAGGAGCUGGAGGCGGCGCUGCCUGCGUCCGCGGGGGCCGAGGCCGCCGCCCGCCCGCCGCCCUGCGUGCUGGCCAUGUGGGAGCUGGGCCACUGCGACCCCCGGCGCUGCACCGGCCGCAAGCUGGCCCGCCUGGGCCUGGUGCGCUGCCUGCGCCUGGGACACAGGUUCGGCGGCCUGGUGCUCAGCCCCCUGGGCACCCAGCUCGUGUCCCCCGCAGACAGGCAGCUCGUGGCUCAGGCUGGGGUCGCCGUCAUUGACUGCUCCUGGGGCCGACUGGACGAGACGCCCUUUGAAAAGAUGCGGGGUGGCCACGUGAGGCUGCUGCCCUACUUGGUGGCCGCCAACCCCGUUAACUACGGCCGGCCUUGCAAGCUGUCCUGCGUGGAGGCCCUGGCUGCCACUCUCUGCAUCGUGGGCCUCGCUGACGUGGCCAACGUUAUACUGCGCAAGUUCAAGUGGGGUGAGGGCUUCCUGGACCUGAACCGGCAGCUCCUGGAGACGUAUGCGGCUUGCAGCUCCCCCAAGCAGGUGCAGCAGGCCGAGCAGGAGUUCCUGGCCAGCACCCAGCACUCGUCAGAGGAGGAGCCCGAUCCCUUCGAUGUGGACUCAGGGCGGGAGUUUGCCAACCCCAAUAGGCCUGUGACCAGCGCCCGGCUGUCUGCCAGCAAGGACACAGACACAGACACCGAAGCCGACACGAGCGACAGCGACCAGGCUGAGGACCGGGUGCCUGACACCGAGGACAGGGAGGGCAACAGCAACUGCUCAGGGGACGGGCGCCCUGCCCGAGAACACAGCGGCACCCAGGGCUCGGGGGACGGGCGCCCUGCCCGAGGACACAGCGGCACCCAGGGCUCGGGGGACGGGCGCCCUGCCGAGGACACAGAGGCAGCGUAGACUGAGACUGCAGUGUGUGUAUUUGGGGGCAGCUCAUGCGGGUGGGAUGGGGUGGGCUCUGGUGCAGUCCACUACUUGAAUGAAGCUGCAGACUGGAAGCACGUGGCAGCCUCUGCUUUCAUGCCGGCUCCUGGGAGGGGUGGGACCCAUCCCUGGCCAGAAGGGCCGACAGACCAGAAA